AUGUCUUUCUAUUAUCAAAAGAGAUUUGAAAUAUGCCUGAAAAAGUUUGCUAUUGUGGAUGAUACGUUGGAAGAAUUGGGCACUCCAAAAUUGUAUCAAAAGAUGUAUGCGCGAUCGAAACAAGUCAUAAUUGGAUGGAUUGCAUACAGUCUUAGUAUAAACUUUUACGAUACAUUAUGGUGGUUUAGUGUAAAACGAGACAUUUGGGGAUUUCUUGUAGCUCACAUAAUAAAUCAUUGUGUCAAUAUAAACGCGUUUGUGGACUUAUUUUUUAUUUUUAUUUUAUGGUAUGUCGGUAACAGAUUUGACAAAAUAAACGAGCAUAUGCAAUGUUUAUUGGUAAAAGAGGAACACGAAUUUAAAAGUACAUGGAAAAAACCUGCCGAACUGCAUCGAUAUACUUUACAUAUUUACAAUUACAAGACAACGUUGUGGGUCUUAAUGCAUCUUCAUUUAGAAUUACGUCGUAUCGCUCGCGAAUUGAAUUCGAUGUUUGGAAUACAAAUAACUUUAGAGAUGACAUCCUACUUUGUAAGCAUAUCAACAAUGUGUUACGGCAUAUUCGUAAUGCUAAUGCAGGAACAUCAAGAACAAAUAUCAGUAUACGUAUGGACUAAUAUUAUUUUCUGGGUUUCCAGCUUAAUAAUGAGACUUUAUCUCAUAAAUCACAUUUAUGAGAGUGUUAAAGUUAAGGCUAAAAAAAUUGACAAAACAUUUCAUCAACUAACGAAUAUUCUUCAAUAUGCUGAUAUUUGGAAGGAGAUUUAUCAAUUUUCAUUGCAAGCAAUGUAUCAUCCAUUGGAGUUUACUGCAAUGAAUCUUUUCUAUUUGGGCAAUGACUUUCUUCGAAAGUUUUGCACGACGGUUGUAACAUAUGUCAUUAUCAUGGUGCAAAUGGCUGUGUCAAUGUUAGACUAA